AUGGUGUCAAUGCAUCCUUCCCGACCAUUGUUCAACCUGACUGCAGAGGAAAUGAAAUUGCUGCUCGAGGAGGCUCUUCAGGACCACAGAGCUGAAAAAUUGCUCUGUCUUGUUCGCGAUAACUAUCGAUGCGUCGUUACAGAAAAAUACGAUGCUUCCACGUAUGAAAGCAAAUUCGUGGAGGAUGCAACGUUCGUACCUCUAUCCCCUAUCACAUGCACAGAGCUCGCGCAUAUAAUCGCUGAAUCGACGAACGCAAAUAUCGGAGGUGGUGAUCGGAAGCGAAAUUAUGCUGCCUCUGCGUGGGCAGUUUUGGAUCGUUUUGGCAAGGUCAAUGUCGUUGACGACGAGUUGAAUGAAGUUGAAUGGGCCAGGAAUCGAUCGCCUUCAAAAUGUGAUGACUAUGUGUAUGGAUGCUGA